UCGAGGCCAUAGACAGACAACUACUUAUUGUUGCAAAGCCAUACGUACGGCUCUGGACUCUGAGUCUUCAUAUACGGCUCUGGACAACUGAGUCGUUCAGCUGUAUGAAACGAUUAUGAAACUCAGGAGUUUGUUAUUUCUUGUAGCUUCAGGCGUCGUAUUUCUACUUCUUUUGUGGACAGUAUCUCGACGACAUGAUUUAAUAUUAAGAGAUGACGGUCACAAGACUUCUCGUAUUUCUUCAAGACAAGAAGUGUUGACGAGUUAUCAGGUACGUUCGACAAAAGUAACUGUUUCAGCAAACUCGAGUCUGACAAAGACAAGAAAGACUCCUGAUAGAGAGAAACAGGAACGGCAAUUAGAGAAGACGAUAUCGAUCCAAGACACAACACAGCAGAGAGAUGUAGAGACGAAAUCAGAUAAGGCGAGCGAAACGAUGCCACAUAGUUGGGGCGUGGUCAAGAAGCCAUUUCCCAUUGUGAGUAAGCACGAAGAAAAACAGAACAACACGACAUUACAAAGGAAUGGAGCAAUUGUUGGGAAAAACCCUUUGACUCGUUCAGACAACAAGCCUACUGAUAAGAGAGCAGAUUCAACUUGCCACUCCAAUGCACAGAUGAAGAAGAAGUCGUCUUGGUUUACCAGCAAAAUGAAUACACAAAUACCAGUGUUUCUCAACAGAGUAAAUAGUACAGUCACUGUUGAGGCAAAACGGUGGUGGUUGGCUAAUAUGGGUCAAAGAGAUACUGGAAUGGACGACAUUAUAGCUAAGCUACUCAAAGUUAUUCCAGGCAGAAGCUCACUCCGUGGAGGUGAUACGACAUGCAUCUCGUGUGCCAUUGUUGGCAGCGCCGGUAACCUUCGUGGAUCGAAGUAUGGAACUCUCAUAGACUCACAAGAUGUAAUCAUAAGGUCGAACACUUCUCCACUAAAAGGCUAUGAAGAAGACGUAGGGAGACGCACGACACACCAGAUUAUUUAUCCUGAGAGUGCUGAUAGUUAUCAUCCUGGUGCAGCUAUUAUAUUUCUUCCAUUCAAGCAAGUCGACUUUAGAUGGCUCACUAGCAUAUAUACAACAAAAAAUUUCAAUACAGGAUUCUGGAGACCUGUGCCAAAAUCAUUGCCUAAUACAGUGCCAGAAGAUACAUAUAUCAUUCACCCAGACUUCUUGCAUUAUGUCCAAAAAAACUGGAUGAGUGGUUCUGGUAAUAAAUGGCCGUCUGCGGGGACUGUAUCUCUUAGUAUCGGACUUCAUCUCUGUGAUGAGCUCCAUGUUAUGGGAUUUGGCGUGAAUAAGUUCGGUCUAUGGGAUCAUUACUAUGACAGGGAGGUGCAUGUCCCUCAGCUUAAAGUCUCAUCUUUGAAUCACCCAGUCGGGUUGGAAGAAGCUCUAAGAAACAAGUUAAAAGCUGACAAUGUGAUAACACUGUAUCCAGGAAAAACAUAACAUAAACAUAAUCACAAAGGAUUCACUCUUAUCCCUAAAUAGGCAGACGCUUUAUUGAUAGAAUAAACAACAUAAAUGUAGAAUCA